AGAAACAAACUACUACCUAGUACCGAUCCUCGUCUCGUCUCGGCCAAGCACUCCGAGGUACGGACUACGGACGCCACGACUGAUUCGUCUCCUCUCUCGUUCCGCUGUCGCCGACGCCGCGCUACCUCCUCCACACUCUUCCGCGACCAAUCCCAUACCACCGGAUUGAACUAUCAUCACCAAAAGAACGCAUGCGACGGCACCGCGUAAUCAAUCAGACUACUCCCCUUCAUCAGCGGACAACGUGCAUACAACGCAGCUCUCGUCAGCUUCUCACUCCGCACAGGGCGUGUUCCACUGCACCUGAGGUCAUACGGCUGAGACCACAUCACUCUCCGGCCCCAAACCAGGAACAGUCUCACUACAUCGAUCUCUCAAACCAGUACCCACCAUGGCUCGACAAAUGCACUAUGGACCGCUUCCAUUCCUCUACUCCGCCUUCUUCCUCUACAUCGAACCGGUCUCGACCUUCGUAGGAGCCUACUAUGCACACUACCAGCAGCAACAAUACAUGGACCUUACCAUGGAGAUCACGACUGCACCCCUCAUCUCCGGCGUGACUUUCCGCGAAACCAUCGUGCUGACGCAGUUGGCAAACAUGUACUUCGUCUUCGCGUUGAACGAAGCUCUGGUGCUGCGGGCGACUACCGACCGUCGCGUCUGGAACAUGUUCCUUUUGGGUCUGCUCAUUGCCGACUUCGGGCAUUUGUAUUCUGUGCAUGCUGUGGGAUGGGAUGUCUACUACCGCUUUUGGGAUUGGAAUUCGAUGUAUUGGGGAAACUUGGGUUUCGUGUAUGUCGGCGCUCUGACACGCAUUUGCUUCCUGCUUGGUGUGGGAUUCAGCGGCGGCAAGAAAGCUGCCGGGAAGGUCAAGGCAUGA